CACUGAUUGUCAGUCAGUCAAAUAAUGUCAUCUUGUUGGAGUGCAAGUGUAUUUAUUGUAAACUUGUAAAUCAAGCGCUAAGUACAAUUAAUUGAAGAAGGCACUUUAGGGGAUAUGCAGUAAUAAUAAUAAAGGAAAAGCUUUAAUUUUUUAACCUAUUACUAGUUUAUUCAUAAAAAUGAGAGCGGUGGUGUUAGCAUUACUUUGUUUGGGAAGUUGGUACAGUUGUUUAGGCGAGGAUGUCAAAAAAGUUUCUUACAAAAUGCCGACAGUGGGAAUAUCUGUGCUUGUUCGUAAUAAAGCACAUACAUUACCUUUUUUUCUAAGUUGCAUACGUAACCUAAACUAUCCUAAGAAUCGAAUAUAUUUAUGGAUUUAUAGUGAUUUUAAUGAAGAUAAAAGUAUUGAAAUCCUUGAACGAUGGGUGGACAAGUAUGGGCCUCUAUACAACGGCGUGUAUAUUACUACGAACAGUUCAAGCGGACGCCUCCAUAGAGAUGAAAAGAGCCCAAUACAUUGGAGCUCCGACCACUUCAAACAUGUGAUAUCAUUGAGAGAGAAAGCUCUGGAUUUUGCUAGAAAAAUGUGGGCAGAUUAUCUUUUUAUGGUAGACGCUGACGUGUUUCUUACAAAUCCGUCUACAUUAAGUGAACUUGUAUCCAAAGACCUUCCUAUCGCUGCACCAAUGCUUGUUUCUGAUGGACUUUACUCAAAUUUCUGGUGUGGGAUGACCGACAACUACUAUUACCAAAGAACAGAUGACUACAAGCCCAUACAGAGGAUGGAGAAGCAGGGUUGCUAUGAAGUUCCGAUGGUUCAUACUGCUGUUUUAGUUAACCUGAGGACCAGAGUCUCUGAUCAACUAACAUAUAACCCAGACAAGAUUCCUAAUUAUGAUGGCCCAGAAGAUGAUAUCAUAGCAUUUGCAGUGAAUGCUAAGAAAAAUGGUAUAACACUACACAUCUGCAAUGAUGAUCUAUAUGGAUUUGUACCAGUACCAUUAGAAGACAACCAUGAUCCAAAGAGUGAUUUUGAGCAGCUGUUGAACAUAAAAACGGAAGCAAUCGGACGCGGGAGUCCAUUGCCUCUAGACCCGUUCUUACAGGACUAUGUUACAUACCCUGAGCUCUGGAAGUUCGGUUGUAACGAAAUCUAUAUGAUAAACUUAGAGAGACGCACAGAGAGACGAGAAUUAAUGGAAAUGAGUUUUAAAGAGUUGGGUAUGGAUGUCAAGCAAAUCAAGGCUGUUGACGGCAGACAAUUGGACAUGAAUAAUCUGAAGGAUUUGGGUGUUACUCUAAUGCCUAAUUACGAAGAUCCUUAUCAUAAAAGACCUAUGAAAGCAGGAGAAGUGGGAUGUUUCCUUAGUCAUUAUUACAUAUGGGAGGAGGUCGCGGAGAAGCAACACAGUAUUGCGUUAGUGCUGGAGGACGACAUACACUUCGUGCCUUACUUCCGCAACAGAUUCCUGCGACUGCUGCGCGAGAUCAAACCGUUAGAAUGGGACCUGGUGUACAUAGGUCGUAAGAUCCUGCAGGACGAUGAGGAGCAGUACGUGACGGAGCACACGACGCGGCCGCUGUACUCGUACUGGACGCUGGGCUACCUGCUCAGCGCCCGCGGCGCCCGCAAGCUGCUCAGCGCGCGCCCCCUCGACCGCAUGCUGCCCGUCGACGAGUUCCUGCCCAUCAUGUUCGACCAACAUCCCAAUGCGACGUGGAAAGCGCAUUUCCCUACGCGGAACCUGGACGCGUACUCGGCGGCGCCCCUGCUGGUGCACCCCACCCACUACACUGGACAGGAAGGCUACAUCAGUGACACCGAAGACUCGGACCUCGUCACGGAAAUCACAUUCCAACACUAUAAAAAUGAACUCUAAUCACGAAGUGUGCUAUUUUGUAAGUCAAUAUUCCUCUACAAUUUGCCAAAGAUAGUUUUUUAUCGUAGUAAUUUUUAUUCAUAUUUUAGUAAGUACUAGAUAGAUUAUUAAAAUUAAAAAGCAUUUUUUUAUAUUUGGAGUGAAAUUCAUAUCAUGAAAAGCAUAUACAGUCAAGAAAACAGUUGAUUUGGUAUUACACAAGCGAUACUUACCUACAAGUAAAAGGGAGACUGUCUAAAUUAAAAAUAAUCAAAGUGAUAUAUUAACUGUUCCUACGAUAUGUUAAAGCAAUGAUUCUUAAACACUUUCACAUUAUGAUCGCAUAUACACAAUACAAUUAUAUGAAUGCGUUGCGCUGCGUGGCUCGCGCGGGAGAUGGUAUCAUCGUACGGGAGCGCGGGCGGACGCUCAUUAACGUGGAAAGUGCGUCCGUCACGGUGUGAUAUCGCACGGAUGGACUGUUACUACAUCUUUAACAUAGUUAGUGGGAUUCAACUAUACAUAUAUGCAUGAUUGUAUUACGUACCUACAUAUAUACUACUUAUAUCUUAAACGAUCAAGAUAAUACCAAAUUUCUUAGUAGAGUCGACACAAUCUAUGAGGUAACCUCUAUAACUGCCACGAGAGGUAAUAAAGUCACCUGAUUGUUUAUGACCUAUUCUUAAGUCGUAUGGAGUUCAAAUAAUUAGAGACUGUAAUCACUGUAUUAGAAAAUAUAAUAAUAUCUCAAGAAUUUCGGAAAUAGCGUGGGACUGCGUAGAGCAUUGACGAAUCAAUGACAUCAAAACAAAAAGGGGUUUGAUCGCUCGUAUACAUAAUAAAAUAACAACAAAAUCACAUAAUUUAGUUAUUAUAUCUUUCAAUAUUUCAUAAUACAAGUAAACAAACUUUUUUUAACGAAUAUUGAAAGGUAACAUCGCUAUGGUAAACCAACCUGAAGAUUUGAAAUUGUGAUGGUGGUCUAUUAGAAUAUUAUUCUCUGAAUUAGUCGCCUAUUUAAAAACAUAAAUUAUAUUUUAUAUGAAAGUGUAUGUGUAUGAGUAACGAAGUAAUGAGUUAAAAUUAUGAAUUCGAUGGUUAUAUUUGUUACGUGAUCGCUCCGGGACGUACAUAACAAGUUAUAACUGUACCUACAUAGACAGACAAACGUCAGAGACCUCUAAGAUUGUGUGGACUAUAAUACAUUUCACAUGAACUCUUAAAUAAUGAUUUGACAAUGAACUGUGUCAUGUACAAAUCUACUACUCUAUAUGUACUACUGAAACUAUUCUACGACGAGAAUUUUUUGCUGUAGUCUCCAACUCAUAAAUCUCGUGUUUGUGCCAACAACAAUUAAUACAACUGUUUACUGAUAUAUGUAAUGAUUGAAUCGAGCCUAGACUAGACUAGACUAGACAGACAUGUUUAGUGACUUUGGCAUAGUUCUUGUAUUUAUAAGUCUGUGUUUGCUUGAUUUUAUUGGCAGCGUUUGAUUAUAAGUUGACAUCGCCAUUAUAUCUCACCACUAUAUAUCAGUCUCUGACAUUCUGAAUGUAUAUUCUAUUUUAGUCUAUCGGAUUUCAUAUAAUAUAAAAUGUACCUAAUUGACUUUGAUAGCUUGUUUAAUUAAGCUUAUACAAUAACAGUACAAUUUAACCAAAUUGGUAUAGUGUAAAAUCAUUGUAUUAUUUCUUUAGCUUCAUUAAAUUGUGUUUUUGUGAUAACUUCUUCAAAAUCUAAUAAGUUUGUUCAUUCGUUAUGUUUUAUUAUAAUUCUAUUUAAUAUUAUUGAGACUUUAAAUGCAUUUAUUAUAUUUUAAUAUAAGUUUUACCUUGCUGCAAGUAUGCAACUAAUUGUUUAUUAUAACUUUGAAUAGAUUUUUUAUUUAAUAUAUUUGAUUAAUUUACUUAUGUGCCAUAACAGGUUCCUAAUUAUUUGUAAUCGUAAUGUAAUAAACGUGCAUAACCAACAGGCAA